GUGACUUGUCACACCUAAUAAGAGAUAACAGCGCCAUCUUGUUAUGCAAUCUAUUUUAAUCAGACAUAUUGUGUGUUUAUCUAUUUGUAAGAUUUACCGUUAAAGACUACUAAUACUUCAAGUUCGAAAUUUAAAAAUCAAGAUAAUUCACAAUGGCCCAGAACAGAAUGCCGGAAUGUGACUACGAGAGAAUACGGAGGAAUUAUUUAUAUUUAGUAGAGAAUUUAUUACCUAAAACAAUCACAGGACAUCUCUUCCAAUAUGGCGUCAUUAAUCACGACGAACUGGAGGAAAUUACUCUUAAAGAAGAAAAUAAAGGUAGAAAAGCCGGGGCUGAAAUUCUAAUAAGAAAAUUACGAUGGUGUGCUGGGGAUUCGUAUAACUUGUUUAUUAAGAGUCUGGAAGAAAAUGGCUACCAUGAUGUAGUCCAGACUUUAAAGACAGACGAUAAAGCAGGUGAAACUCAAGCAGAAACUACUAGACAAACUUUACCUCUUGAAGAGGAAAAACAAUAUUGUAGAAAACACAAGAAUGAAGAAAUAGACGUCUACUGUAUGGAUUGUAACCGGACAUGUUGUUACAUUUGUCGUCAGGGACUUCACAAAAAUCAUAAACUAUCUGAUUUACACGAAGCUGAAGAAAACUGGAAAGAACAAUUCCUAAAACUUAAAACAGAGUCUGACAAAAAGAUAAAACAACUACAAGAACAUUCUGACUUUUUAAAGUCUAAAAUAUCUGACCUAAACAAAUCUUGUCAGGCCGCGUGUGAUAAUGUUGACAAGAAUGUUAAAAACAUUUGUGAUAAAGUAACCGCGUUAGGAAGUGGAAUUAAAGAUGAUAUUAUUAAAGUGAAAAAUGACGAGAUUAUAAAAUUAACCAAUGCGAUACAGGAAGCUGGCAAGAUGACAUCUAAUAUGGAAGAAUGUUCGGAUUAUUCUGAUCUUAAGUUACAACAAAGAUCUUUAAUUACGUGUCUGGACAAACUGGCCGAUGUGCAGACAAACAAAAAUCAAGAUAUAUCGUCAUAUUUACAAACCCCUGUGAUACGACAUCCAUUUUAUGACAUGGUGAAGAUUGACGUAGAAUCAUUAAAACAACAAAUGAAUGAAAUGAGAAUCAUGGAUGGUCCAACUUUUACCAGUAGUUUUAAUGUAAACCAGAUAGUGAAGACAGACUGGAAUUACUAUGGUGAUGAUUUAAUGAUACAAGGAAUGCCAUGGUGUGUAGGUGUUAAACAUCGUACAGAUACACAAACAUUGGGUGUUUACAUGUGGUUGAAUAAGGUAGAGGAUAAAACAGUUAAAGGCGUUACAGCUGAUGUUACAUCUGAACUGUUAAAUAUCAACAGUGGUAGUAGGCAUAUAGUGAAUAGAGGUACAGGAACAUCAUAUAUACCCGGUGGACAAACAUGGGGUUUUCAUAGCUUUAUAGACUGGGAUACACUCAUUAAUCCUGAUAAUGGUUACCUUGACGACGAGGUUAUGUUCACACUACAAACAACUGUCAAAAUAGAUAAAAUAGAUAGAAAUUAAUCUGAACAUCACUCUGAUUAAAAUACAGAUGUAUAUUUCGUUUCGUUUUUUUUAUACUUUCGAUGGUCUACACUACAUGAAGAUCUGAUAGGUUGUAGCGAAUGGUCGCGUCAGAGGUCAU